AUGUGGGCACAUACUAGGAAAUGUGCUACUCACCCAUUACAUGCAGAACCUGAUCCUAAGCAGGCUAAGUUGAAUAGAGAUAAUGUGAGUGGAGGAGCCUCAUACCAUAAGUAUAACAAAAAGAGGUGUGAUGAUAGGUGCAUCAAUAUGAUUAUCAAGGAUGAGCUCCCUUUUAGGCACGUGGAGAAGGAGGGAUUCAAAGCUUUCUGCAAAGAGUUAGAACCUCAAUGGCCUGGAAUGGACAGAAAGCAGGCUGCCAAUGGUGUGCUAGAUAAGUACAAUUUUGAGAAGGCUGUUUUGUUGAGUCAAUUGAAGGCAAAUGAAACUCGGAUCUCAAUUACCACCGACACCUGGACAUCGAUCCAGAAUAUCAACUACCUAGUACUAACAGCCCACUUCAUGGAUAGUGACUGGAAAUUGCACAAAAGGAUCAUCAACUUUUGUACAAUUACUAGUCACAAAGGAGAGGAGAUUGGAAGGAGAAGGUUGACCAGUUACAAGACUUUGAUGUUUGAGGGAGAGUUUUUACAUUUAAGAUGUGCAUGCCACAUUAUAAAUUUGAUAGUUAAGGAUGGUCUGAAGGAGUUACAAGAUGGGAUUGCUGCUAUAUGGAAUUGUGCCAAGUAUGUUAGGAGUUCAUCAAGUCGUCUUGACAAGUUUAGGGAGUUUGCUGUUUUGGAACAGUGCAGGGCAAAUGCCAAUGUUCCAUUAGAUGUAGUCACAAGAUGGAACAGCACAUACCUCAUGCUUGAAGCUGCACUUAAGUAUGAAGCUGUGUUCGGCAGAAUGGGUGAAGAAGACUGCAAUUUUAAAGCUUAUUUCGAAGAAACGGACAGAAAUGGCAAACCCAGGGUUGGACCACCAUCUAGUGAGGAUUGGAGGAAUGCAGAAGCAUUUUGUUUGUUUUUGAAGAAGUUUUAUGAAGCUACUGUGAAGCUGAGCGCAUGGAAGAAGAUCACUGCCAAUAUAUUAUUUGUUGAAAUGGUUACAUUGCAAACUGAGAUUGACAAGGCCAUGAAUGCAGAAGAUGAAGUUUUAAAGAGGGUUGCCACUUCAAUGAAGGCCAAGUUCAACAAAUAUUGGGGAAGCUUCGAAUCGGUGAACAAGAUAAUCAUGAUAGCUAAUGUUCUUGACCCAAGAUACAAGCUGCAGUGGGCUAAAGUAACAAUGCAAAAAGUCAAUGCAAGCUACGAGACAAUUCAUUCAAUACAAGGGGACUUAAAGAAAAUUUUGCUGAAGAUGUAUGAUGAAUACAAAGCCAAUGAAGGCAGCAACGAAGCUGAACCGUACAUGGGAGAAGAUCUAGGAUUCGAAGGGGAUGACUUGGAGAAUCUUGAUGAAGUCAGCAAGCAAAUAGCAAGGGAGAGGAUGGCAGAGCAGUCACAAUGCAUACGAAAUGAGGUUGAUCAGUAUUUAUCAGAUAGGUAUGUUAGCCUCCUUGCAAAGAAUUUUGAAAUUCAUAAGUGGUGGAAGGCCAAUGAGUUAACCUAUCCAAUCCUAUCAAAGUUAGCAAAGGAUGUUUUUGCUGUUCCUUGA